AUGGCUCCCUUUGAUUUCAAGUCCAACAAACACUUUGUUGCUUCAUCCGAUGGAGUCAACCUCCAAGUCUAUGAGUUGACCAAACCAACUCUUACUCAUCCAUCUUCCAUCCGGAAGACUCAUUGGAGGGAAGUUGCAAACAUCAGCACCAGCAUUGAUGAUGAAGACGGCGAAGAGAUGUACGACGGAUUGUUGUUCUUCGAUGGUCAUGGAAAGAUCGAGGGAAGGGUAGCGUUGACAAAGCUGGCACAACACUUGAAGCUGCUGAGUUUGAUGGUGAGCCCUGGAGGGCUCUGCUUCCAAGAUGUGAACGAGCUGGGGGAGUAUGCAGAUUUCGGGAUUCAUUACCUUCGGUUGAAUGAUUUGUUCAGCUGGCCACACCAUGGAGUCAGCCUCGCCACAACUAUCGCUUGGGGGCGUUCCGAGUUGAAGUACCAUGAGCCUAGGCAUGGUCAGCGGUCGAAGCAGACAGAAGGAGGCAACACAUUUACUAGGGAGAUAUACGAGCGACUGAAAAGGCUGGUGAAAGAGAAAGACGAGAAAUUGGUGCAGCUGAAAGAGGAGGCGGACGACGAUCUGCAAAACCUAAGGGAGGAGAAGGAAGAUGAGCUGAGAGAAGAGAUGGCUAAGCUGAAUGAAGCAAAAGAUGAAGAACUACGAAAGUUAAGAAAGGAGAAAGACGAGGAGUUGCGGGAACUAUCAAAGAAGAAGAAUGCUGAAUUGCGAAUACUUAGGAAAGGAAAAGAUGGUGGAGCUGCUUUGCAAAAGUUCCAGAGGGAGAAGGAAGAGGAGAAAGAUGAAGAAAUGUCAAAGAGACUGGAGGAGAAGGACGACGAACUGGAAAAGCUAAGGAAGGAGAAGGACGAGGAGCUGCAAAAGGUUACAAAAGAAAAGGACGAAGGGAAGUUGCAAAAACUAAGGCUGGAGAAGGACGAAGAGAUAAGGAAUCUGCGAAGAGAGAAGGACGAAGAAAUCGAGAAGACGGUAAACAACAACAAGGCGGAGACACUGCGAAAGCUCAACGAGAAGGAUGAAGAACUGCGGAAGCUGAGGCAGGAGAAGGAAGACGAAGCCGCGAAAUCAAGGAGAACGGAGGACGAAUUGCGAGAGUUACAGAAAAAGAAAUCCGAGAAGACGACGAGUUAUAAAUACAGCGACGAGGAAGUGGAAGCGAUGAAAAAGGAGAAAGACGAUCAACUCCAGAAGCUAAGAGACCAACUAUCUUCAACCACGACCGAGCUCACAAGCGCCAAGCAGAUUCUGGAGCAAUACUGUAACAUCCCGUUCCGGCAAAACCCAUAUUUCGAUCGUUAG